AUGGCUCUGCAGGAAGCGACGAACGCGUGGGCGUGGCCUUGGCCGCCACCGCCACCGCGAAAGCGAAGGAGGAGGGGGAGCAAGGGCAAACGAGCUGUUCUCUACUACCCCGCGCCGCCGAGGCAAGCAGCCGCCACAGCAGCAGCAGCCCCAGCCGCCGCCACGGAGAUGGAGGCCGAGGCGUCCGUCCCCGCCACGAACUACGUCUACGACACUCUCCCGGGCCUGCACUUCGCCUUCUCGCCGGAGGAGGAGGCCCUCGAUGACGCCGCCGCCGCCGCGGGGCAGGACGAGGAUGAUGCGACCGCGACCUACGCCGUCUUCCGCAACGAGAUAACGGCGGCUGGGGAUGCGCUCGCGGACAUCCCUGCGGCGAACUUCUUCUCGCUCGACGUCUCCGCCCCUGCCUCCGUCGAGGCCGAGCCCGAGCCGGCAUCGCCGCGGGCCCCGGCGCCCGCCGCUGCGGCGGCGACGCCCUCUAGCUCCCGUGCUUUGGAGGACCAGCCGGCGCAGGGGUCGGAGCGCGCGUGGUUCAGAGUAGGGAGGCGGUUUAGGAGCCCCAUGCUUCAACUACACAAGGAGAUUCUUGACUUCUGUGAUUUUAUCUCACCUUCUACUGAAGAGCAAUCUUCACGAACAGCUGCUGUGCAAGAUGUCUCUGAUGUUGUCAAACAUAUAUGGCCACAGUGCAAGGUGGAAGUUUUUGGAUCUUUCAGGACAGGUCUCUAUCUACCAACAAGUGAUAUAGAUGUUGUAAUAUUUGAGUCCAGAGUUAAGACUCCUCAAGUUGGUCUAUAUGCUCUCGCAAAAGCAUUGUCUCAGAAAGGUGUUGCUAAAAAAAUACAGGUAAUAGCAAAGGCACGUGUGCCAAUUGUGAAGUUUGUGGAAAGAAAGAGUGGCAUAGCUUUUGACAUCAGCUUUGAUAUAGAUGGUGGGCCGCAGGCAGCAGACUUCAUCAAGGAUGCUGUGAAGAAGUUGCCUGCUUUAAGACCUUUAUGUAUGAUUCUGAAAGUUUUUCUGCAUCAGAGAGAGCUCAACGAGGUCUAUACCGGUGGAAUUGGAUCAUAUGCUCUUCUUACAAUGUUGAUCACACAUCUACAGUUGGUCUGGGGAGGAAAAGAUAUUCUCGGGUAUCAUCAGUCAAAGGAGCACAAUUUGGGAAUUCUUUUGGUCAGGUUCUUUGAUUUUUAUGGACGCAAGUUAAACCAUUGGGACGUCGGAAUAUCUUGCAAUUCUUCAAGGACCUUUUUCUUGAAGAGUGAUAAAGACUUUAUGAAUCAUGAUCGACCACAUCUAUUAGCGAUUCAGGAUCCCAUGGCACCAGAUAAUGAUAUCGGAAAGAAUUCCUUCAACUACUUUAAGGUGAAAUCAGCAUUUUCCAAGGCAUACUCUGUGUUAACUGAUGCAAACUCGCUUAUAAGUUUGGGACAUAAUAGGAGCAUUCUGGGUACCAUUGUCAGACCAGAUUCAGUUCUCCUUGACCGGAAAGGCUGGCACAAUGAUAUGUUAGCGGAACCCUGGGAACCGAUCACCCAACAGUUUGACAGCGAGAAUGAUGCAGUGUAUAAUUGGCAUGUGAUAAAUGAGGAUGAACCAUUGCCCAGAAAUAGUCAAUCCACAUCCGAGGACACUAGUUCAUCACCAUCUAAAAAACGGAAGUCCUCAAAAUCAAAACAGAAAUCGCGAAAGAAGUCGAAGGGUGGUGCCUCAGGCAGUAGUGAUGUUGCAAGAGAGGAUAAAUCAUCCAAGCGGGAAGCAGGAAGCAGCAAACGGAGGAAAGGACCAAAGGAGUAUGACAGAUUCACGAAUACACUCCCAAAGUACACGCAUGUUAGUAAGUGGUAA